AUGAAGUCGCCCUCCCAGCACGAAGUCACACCCACCAGAAGAAAAACAAAUACAGCAGAGAUAUUAAUUGUUUUGGAUGUGGACGACGAGGCCACAUCAUUGCAGACUGCCGUGACACAAAGGCUGGAAAAACUUUCACCCAGGAACAAAAAGAGAACAAUGGACGUGGGAAUGGGAACCGGAAUUCAGGCCGAGCACACAUCAGUGAAGAUCGAUCACAUCAAUCAGACGAUGAAGACGAUUACGCACUUAUGGCACUUCCACGCAUGUCCAAUAUAA